UGUGAAGGAUGGACGACGCAUAGACUGCGAUGCAAGAUAAUCCAAAAUGGAAAAGAGAGAAUACACACACACACACGAAGAGAUAAGGAUAAACGUUAUGAAAGUGAAAUUGCCGCAAAAGACGAAAUUACAUACGGAAGAAAGUGAAAGGAGGAAUGAGGAUGAGUUAAGGCCAGCAGAGAGGGAGAGAGUAAGCUUUUGUGUGAAGCGACGCUCGGUGGAGCUACGAGAGUGAACACACAGUUUGCAAAACAAGAGAUUUACGUAUGUGAGAAAAAGUGCAGAAAACAACAACAACAAAUAUGAAUAUGAUUACUAAACGUUUUCUAAACCUAGCGUGUAUAGUUUUUAAGCAACAAGAAAACAUACAUUACAUAUUUAAUUUAUAUGAAACGGAGAAAAGUGAAAAUUAUUAUUAUGAAAAACAAAAAAAAAACACAAAAAUAAUACAAAUUGUUUAUAUAAUUUUAAAAAAGUAAUCGUAGAACGAUUAGCUUAUAGGUUUUCUGCUACUUACUAAAAAAAAUAAUAAUAAAAAAUUAAAAAAAAAAAAUGUUUUGUUGUUUUAUAAAGAAAAUAUUUUAGCAGAAAGUGUUUUCAUAAUUUGUGUUUUAUGAAAAAAAAUAGAUACCAGUUUUAGCUAUACAUACAUACAUUUAUAUACAUAAAUAAUUUUAGUAAAGCGAGAAAAACAUUAUUUACAAGCUUACAUACAUUACAUACAUACAUACAGACAUCACGUGAUCAUGCCACAGACAAAUGUAACAUUGCAAUAUCAGCAAAAACAAAAACAAAAAAAUAAAUAAGCAACCUUAAAUAUUUAAAAUUUAAAUGAAAAUGAAAAUAACUAAGCAUAUAAGGUCGAGAAAUCAUUAAAAUUAAUGAUUAAAAUUAGUAAUCUAGCUACAAGUGUAGUAAAAUGCAUAAAUUCACUCAUUGACAUAAACAUAAACAUAACUAAAUAGUGGAAAUUUAGCCGUGAACAAAUAAAAUAAGUAUUCAUACAUACCUACAUAAAUUUAAAAAACAAUAUUGAAUGCAAAAAAAUCUCAAAAAAUACAGAAAUCGAAAAUCUGCAAUUAUAAGAAAUAUAAGAAAGUACUAAAGAAAUUUUUAAAGUAUUUAUUUUAACAUGAAAAUUUAACACACUAAGCGGCAUAAAUUUAUCGCAUGUUAUGCAAUAUUUUUGUUUUAAAGAAAGCUAUAUAUCAUGCAGACAAUUUAUAUCAAUAAAUUACAAAAAUAAAUUUUUGAAAAAAAAAAUUUCAAAAUUUGUUAUUUGCUAUAAAACUUAUGUAAAAAGCAGAGAAUAAUUUAAUUUUGUAUGCAAAUAUUUUUUUUUAAUGUUACACUUGCCUAGCAUUUAAUUUUAUUUAAAAUCAUUUUCAAUGACAGUAAAAGUUAAAAGAACAAAAAAAAACAACAACUAUAAAUCUCAAUUGUUAAAACUGUUACACUUAAAACAUACAUAUGUAUAUGAUAUACAUAAGUAAAUUGCAUAUACAUAACUACGGUACAUAGCAUUAGAGCAUAUUUAGCAAAACUUAGCGCCCACAACUUCACACUAACGUAAAAUAAAUAUUAAAAGCAGAAAACACACUACUCGAACAAAAAUAAACAAGAAAACAAAUGUAAAUAAGUGCACGUAUAAUUAACGCAGUAAAACGUAACAUGCAUUAUGCCACAACACACGUAAAAUAAACCACAACUGCAUACAUAGAUUUUAUGGAACAUUUGAAAAAAUUACAAAUAACAAUAACAAAUCGGUAUGCUAGUGAAGAUAUUUUAUGUACUCCCAGCUUUUUGAAUUGCUAUAGAAUGCUUUAAAUUAAAAAAAAAAUACUAUUUUCAUUAACUAUACAGUUUCAAAAUUAUAUUUAAAUGCAAAAAAUAUUACAGAUUAAAUUCUUAUAUGUAUGUAAGUACAUACCUGUAUAUGUAAUCCAAUAGAAUUUCUUGACAAAUCAUACACUAAGUAAACAGCGUUCGCCUUCAUUACUCACAAACUCGUAAAAAUAUUAUUUAUUUCAUUGCGUCUCAUUAAAAAAUGUUGUAAAAAUUUUGUAGACUUAAAUCCAUUAUACACUUUGUAAUGAACUUAAGGUUUCACCACAACAACUGUAACAUAAUUUUCUCAUAUUAGUUGCAACUAUUACAUACAUAUUUAGUUGAUGUUCUACUGCGAAAUCUUCCAAAUCACGUAUGCGUUGACUUUCAUACUGACCUAGCCUUAAUAAUAAUGUAAAUAAUGUUUAAAAUAAAUAUAUUUAACUAAUAACAUAUAUAUGUGUAUAUGUAGAAAUGUGUGUAAAUCAGCACAUAAACAUAUUUCACUCAUUAAAAAUACAUACAUACAUAUUAUAAAUACAUGAUCAUUUUAGCAAUCAGCAAUAUACAUAAAUAUGUUCAUCUGCAGUAAAUAUACAUACAUAUAUCAUUUUCGUCCUUCUCAUUUAAAUGAUUUAAACUGUAAGUGCCCUGUAGUUUUUGUUUGUUUAUUUUUUUUCUUCUGUUUUAUAUAAAUAAUUAAGCAUAAUUUUAAUGAAUUUUACAUUAAGGCCUGAGUAUAUGUAUAUGUAAGUGGCAAUCACAGCAACAACACUGCGCAUUAAUUAUUAUUUUGUUUGUAUUAAAUAUUUUUUUAUACAUUAUAUAUAAAAAAAAAGAAAAGAAACACAACAAACUACAUUAAUUCUAUGUUUUACUUUUGCAAUUUUAAAUAGUUAAAAGUAAAUGCAAGCAAACGACUACAAAACAUUAUUAGUUAUGUAGAUAUACAUUUUUUUCUAAAUAAAACUUAAACUUUUAUUACACAAAACCAUCACUUUGUUUUGUUUUAUUUUCAACAUUAAACGUUGUAAUUAGACAUUUCAUCUGAAUUGGAGUAUUUAUGUACAUAUAUCACUUGACUGGUGUAAUUAUUUAAAGAUUAUUUUAAAUUUUGGCUGUUCGAUGAUAAGGUUAACUCAAACGUAGACUUGUUAUUGUCAUUAAUUGUAACAUUUUUUUAACAAUUUAGAGUCAAUGUGAGAAGUCAGUUCACAACAGGCCAGCUGCGGUACGCUGGUCUUUAAUGGUUUAGCAAUCUCGCCAAUAGCUCUGCUAUAUAAAGGUACCAUUUAACAAAGCAUGUUGGAAAUUCGCGAAUUGCUUUUUACAGUGAAAGUUUAUAACUUUCCAAUAAACAGAUUUUAAAAUAUGUUUCUUGCUAAUAUUUAAAUUAAAUUUAACUGUCACAUAAAAUAUUCUUAAAAAACAGCUGUGAAAUUGUCAGCUUUGAGUUGCCAAAAUUUUACAAAAAUUAUUAAUUUUUCCACACACAUAAUUUUACUUAAAAAAUGAAAUUUUGUGUAUUCAACUUUUUUCAGAAAUACCGCAAAUAAUGCUAUUCAUGUUUAUAAUAAAAAUGCAAUAACAAUUUCAGCAAUAAAUUCCAAUUGAAAUGAAUAUUGGCACUACCACAUUACGAUCUUACGAUAUUACGAUAAGCAACAAGUAGGCAAUGCAAAAUGCAACUGUGCAGGAAGCCGUUAGUUUUUCGUCUUGUCAUUGCAGCGUGAGAAAAUUUGCAAUUAGUUCGGGUGCGUAAAUUGAAACAGUUUAUAGUUAUAUUUAACAAAUUUAAUUGUUGAAAAUUAUUUGAAAAUGUGUUUAAUCGGUUCUUUUGCAAAUAUCAAGUGUGUUCAAUACAAAAUGCUGCAGCUUUAGUGCUUUAUUAUUUGUAGUGAAAUGUGUGAGGCACUGCUGGCAAAAUUGCCACCAUAACGCGUAGGUUAUUGCGCGUAAAGCGUAAAAAUUCGCGUCACUUCUGUCAAUUUGUAGUAAAAAGUUUGUGAAAUUCAACAAAUUGAAAUAAAAAGCAAUUUCAGUGAAGUUUAGUAUUAUUGCACAAUAUGAAACUAAAUCUGGAUAUAUCUGAAGCAGAUCCGCUCCGAUUAAUAAUUAAUUUGGUUUCCGGUUGUGUGCCAUGGUUUAGAUAAAUCUUUUUCAGAGAUGUAUAUGUAUAUACCCCGAGUGUAUUAAGCACUUAUAGACCAUCUUCAUUGAAACAUAUAAACGACUAAAACUGAAGCAAAUAUAUCCAUUCAACAGUGUUGCAUAUUUUCGGUCGACCUGCCGUAAAUCCAAUUCGAUGUGCAUUUUCAACUAUUGCCAUUGCAAAAUACGACGCCGAAAGAAACGUAUGUCAGUGGAGUUUGUCGGUAGAUAAUUUCUUGGAUAAAGAUGUGCAAAUAAAAAAGUCAGCUGAAGUAAAAUUAUAUAUAAAGUGAGAUUUGAUGCUACAAAGUUCUUGAAUAGCAAAGUGCGUGCAAAUUAACUUGAUUAAAGUUAUAGAAGUUCCGAAUUUUUAAAUAUUUUGUACAAUUAUCAUUUUUACCCGCUAGUACCUCUAGUUGAUAAUUUGCCUCCUGCUCACGUACAUACAUAUGUGUGUAUUUGUAUGUGUUACUUUACGAUGGAAGCCGGAAAAGUAUGUAAUAAAGUUAACAUCAAAUAAACAAAAAUCGUGCAAAAGUGCAGUGCUAAUGAAUGGAAAAGUGCAUAAUUUUAUAAUAGAGUAUCAACACAUAAAUUAUUUGUGAAACAACAUAAUUUUUCUACUGUCGCUCAUUCAAUAGUUCAGACGAGCCCGCCACUCCUUGACAGGAAAAAUUUUCAAUUGUCUGCAAUCGCUACGCUGCAAAAUUUUUAGCUCGGCAGUGAAUGUAGGAAUAACAUACAUAUAUGUUCCUACUGGAGCAGAAGACUAUCUGCUGGAGCCGAGCUAGUGUUUUAGUGUAUAUGUGUGUGCGUGUGUGUCUCAUAAGCCUAUAAAUAAGGAAGCCGAAUAGCGAACAGCAGUAGCUCCACGGCCAGUUCAGGGAGUUAUUGUCUGCAACAUAAUCAAACGGAAUAUUUUUGCAGCGGCUGCAAAGGCAUAAAAGUAAAUACAGAGAAAAGCUAUGUUUAAAAGAUUUACGCAAAAAAAAAAUCUGUAGUGAACUGAGAUGCUAAAAUUAUUUUACUAUAUAAUACGUGCAAGCUUUCAAGGAAUUAACAUUAUUUAAUGGAAAUCUGCUUUGCAUAAAUUUCUAACGCGGCGAGUAUUUUGUAAACUGAACCGAACACAAACGAUAGCAGCGAUUGCAAAAAUACGAAUUUGUUUUUGUCCGUUUUGCAUACGAAAACAAAAUUUUUGUAAACAAACAAAAGUCCGGCCACCGCCAACAGCAGCGCCGAAUUCAUUCAUUUAUGCCGUGAGUCGACGGCGGAACGAACAAUUGUUGGUUGCUGCAUGAGCGCAUAACUGUAGCUGCAGCUGGACGGCGAGCGACGAAUAGAAGGCGGAAGAACAAAAGGAAGUGCCAACAGCAGCACUGAACGCUGAAUUGUAGUGGCAACAAAAAUGUUGCAACAAAUUAAGUGGCAACAACAGCAACAGCGACAAUAUAGUAAACAACAGCAAAAACAACGAAUAGCCAACAACAAUAAGUAGUGAAAAAGAGCAGGGGACGACGCAACGAAAGCCACAGACCCCCAAACAUAUAAAGUGCAAAUGCAAAUACAAAAAGUCAUUCCAGCCACCACAUAGUUGUGGCCUUCAAUUCAAGCAGCAACACAACAACAACAAAAGACACAAAAUAAAUAAAGACUCUCGCAGCGCAUGCAGUUGAUACAUGUUUGCUCGUAUAUAACAUAUACAUAUACGUAAGAUAACAACAACCAUAAACAACUAAUAACAAUAACAAAAGACUUUUACCAAUCAACGGCACAAACAACUGUUGCUGCACGCAAAAAACAACUAAAUUUAGCUGCUGCAACAACAACAGCAAACGAACGAAUCAACCAAGGAACAUUCACACUUCUCCACUGUCAUCGUUGACGCACGAAAUAACUGGUGGAAGUAGCGGAGCUCAGGAGUAAAACGACGAAAAAAGACGAAACACAACAGUAUUUGUGCAAUUUGCAAACAUUUUUAAUUUAAGACGACUCUCAAACCGCUAUUGAAUAUAAAUCUUCACAGCCAAAAUGGAGAAACCCAUACAUCCGACGCCAGUUGGUAAAGUUUCGCAAAUUGCGAAUCUCUUCCAGCGCAAACCCAUCGAAAUACAACCAGUCGAACAGUUAAGUGCCGCAGCCGCUGCUGCUGCUGCUGCUGCCGCCGCUGCCGCUGCAGCCAAUCAGCAACAACAAGCCGUAGGCGGUGGAGUUGGCAUACCAGCCACCGUUGUACGCACUGAAUCGCAUUCGGCGCGUUUCAAUAAUGCACGAGCACUCUUCGAGAAGCUCGGCGUAGAGAAUAAUACAAAUUCGAAUGUGAAAAUGUCACGUUCUGGCUCGCGUGACGAUAAUCUUUGCGAGGGCAAUAGUUCGGAUCGUUCGUCGUCGCGUUCGUCAGAUCGUUCGAUAUCGCCACCGAAACGUCGAUCGCCAUUUCCACCCGGCUGUAAUGUAGCCGCUUCGUUGGCGAAUAAUAAUAAUUGUGCGCCGCCACCACAAUUGAAUGGCGGUUUGGCACUGAGUAAUAGUAAAUUUAUCGUAGAACCCGGUACGAAACUACAUCACAAUAUAGCACGUCACAAAUCCGAAGACGGUGUGUUGAGUGGUUCAUCGGUGGGCGGUGUGAGUGCCAUACUCUCAGCCGGUGGCGGUAGUGUCGAUAAGCCGGAGAAACCGGAACGUAAAUUCAAUUCACGUGAGUUAAUUGAAAAACAAAAGAAGUGGACUUCACACUUUACAAAAACAAAAUCUAAUCGUACACAUAGCGAUCAAAAUCGUUGUGACAUCAUACGAACCGUGCCGGGCACCACGCUCUUCUCCAGCUCGGCCAUACAGAUGAAGGAGAAGGAAAAGGAGAGAGAAAAAGAGAAAGACAGAGAUAGAGAUCGCGAACGCGAUAAAGAGCGUGAUCGCGAAAAGGAUAAUGCCAAUAUUGCCAUCACAGUGGCCUCUCCAAACGCCAAUCAUAAGUCAAACGCUGCCAAUACAGCUGUCGCCGGCAUGGAACAGUUACGCUCACCCAUUUUAGCUGCUGCCCAACAGCAUCAGCAACCGCAGGAUCAUCCACCCAGUCCACCGGUACGUCAUACAGUCGUACCACCGGAAAUCAAACCGCGUAGUACCAAUAAAAUUGGUAGCCCCAUCAAGUCGCCACCAUUGCCACCCAUACCAGCUGCCAAACCGAAGAACGUCAGUCCGGUUAAAUACAAUCCGGAACGUAUACGUUCGCCUACAAAGCUGCCCGAGGUGUCAUCGCAGCCACCGCCGCCACCUGCCAAAUCGGCAGCGGUCACCGCAGCUCUACAGCGUUCACUUGAUGAACAGCAAGCUGCAGCCGCCGCCGCUGCUGCUGCCAUCUCCGCAAAUGCGCCAGUACCACCCGAGAAGCCACGUAAAAAAUCCAUUGAUCUCAUUGAGGGCGAAGAACGGCUUACACCUUCCUCACCCACCUCAGCUACAUUCCAAUAUGUGGCAAUUGCCGCAAAACGUGGUUCCGUGGAUAGUUUAGGUGGUGGCGCUAACGGCCUGAGUGGUAGUGUUAAUUCGGCUACAUCGUCUUCGCCAGCCGCCAGCGCUUCGUCUGGUCCUUGUUCACCGGUCUACACCGAGGAUGAGAAGCAAGAGAAUGAAUCGACAGAGAAAUCGGAAAUUCAGCAGUAUUACAACAGUAUGCCACGUACACGUCGCAGCGAUAACGAAGGACGCUCCAACAAAAACGAACGUCAAGACAUCACCGAUGUCAUGCAUCAAAAUCAACAACAACAACACAUUCAAUCUCAAUCCCAAGCACAAAAUCAUUCCAACAAUAUGUCACCACAACGUACAUCAUCAGCCGCCUCGUCGGCUUCAUCGAAACGCAUCUCAUCAAGCAUUUCUGUGCAAUUACCAGCCGCUGGUUUGGGUUCACGUCCGACCAGCAUCAUCUCCACAAGCGCCAGUCUCGACGAAGGCGGCUUCAAUGAACCCUCACCGGAGAUAAAAGCCAAACUGAAGCCCGCCUAUGAUUUUGAGGCGGUCAACGGUCGAAGUGUCGGUGGUGUGGGCGCCGAUGUGGAUGAAUGUGACCGCAGCAGCCGUAAGCCAACAGUGGAAGAGGCAGAGAAACCUACUUUAAAUUAUGUCGAUGUGGGUUAUCGUCUCAAUCCGGAUGGCAGUGAGGCGCGUGAAGUUUUUGGCGAGUCGGAACUCUACGACACCGCCAAAGUGACUGAAAUGCAUAAGAAAUUCCAUGCUAAUGGAUUUGCACAGGAGACCACCACUGUGUAUGCGACUAUUAAGACGGAAGUUACAACAGCUGUUGAGCUGUACUAUCCCGGUGGUAAGCUGGCUAAAGAACGUGACCGUGUUAGCGGUAUAUUGCAUUCGCCAACGAAAUCCAUUGGCAGCAGUGGUUCACCGGUGAAAACAGCUAUCACCUCUUCACCACCUGUCGGCGUGGUAUCGCCCAUACGGCGACGCAGCUCCGAUGUGAGCGUCAAGUCAACACCACCCAUGUCACCCACAUCGAUCGGCAGCGGUAGUGGUGGCAGUUGCAGCGGCACAGCAAAUACGAAUUCAACGAGCAAUACACGUUCGAUGUCGUCCAUUGCUGUGGCGGCGGUGGGCCAAAACAAGGGCAUCGCACCCAUCGCUUCGCUCGACACACAAGAGGAAUUCGAUAGUUCCGAAUUGCCGGCAUUGCCAGAGCGUCCACCACCGCUUAAUGCGCUGAAUACAACUAUUCUAGCGACUGCCAGUGAUGAGCAAUGCAAUGCUUUGGAUAUGCAAGACUUGGAAUAUGCGGAUAGUAGCGCUGGCGAGGAUGAGGAUGAUCUGAUGCGCGCAAUCGAAGCGGACGAUGACGAUGACGUGCAUGUGGACAUCAGUGAGGCGCCACUAGCCACCGUCGCCGAAGAGGACGAAGAUGAAAAACUAAUUAUAACAACGGUAACGGCGACGACUGAGGUGGUCAUACCACGCGAAGAUAGUCUACCCGAUGCUAUGACUGCCGACGAGGCAGAACAAUUGUUGAGCUCAAGAAUUUUGGAAAGCAAAAUCAGACAACAGUCGUUGCUCUCGGACGAACAAGCCAAAGAAGUCGAACAGAUACUCUCAGCUGCGCCCACUGUGGGUGUGGCCGUUGCAGCUGUUGUUGCCACAGCCACUUCACCGACCACCAUUAAAAGUCUAAUCGAAGAAACACAACCAGAAUCACCGCCAACAGCAGAGCAGCAACACGAACGAAAGCUUAUUACUACAGCAACAGCCGUUGCUGACGCCACCAAAGUUGACACUGGCUCGCCAAGUGAUGUACGUGCGCCGGCAAGUGGCGGAAGUAAUCCAAUAACUGUCACAUUAGCAACAGCCAACGGCGAAGGUGGUCUUGCCUUUGUUGGCGAGCGAAAGCCGGCUGAGGAACAGCACAUCGACAAGCACGAGGAUGAUGAUGAUGAUGAGGAGGACGACGAGGACGAGGAUGUCGACAUAGUUGGCAUUGGUGCCGCACCUGCACACAUUUUGAAUGCGACCUUCACAAAGGCGGACAGCUCCAGUGCCGUAACUAACAAGGCCAAUAACAACAGCAACACCAACACCAACAGCAAUAGUAAUAAUAAUACACAUGACGACGAUGAGCCCGAAUGGCUACGUGACGUACUUGAAGCGCCUAAUCGCAGUCUUGAGAAUUUGCUAAUUUCCCGCUGCACAGCUGCCAGUGAACGACGCCGUUCAGAGGAUAGUCAAAGUGGUGGUGUUGUUGAAUGCAAACAUUCCGAAUUGGUGACUGCAUCGAAAGUCGAGACCAGCUACGAUGCCGACAAUGAUUCUACACUUUUCAUACAACAACAAGAACCACAAACGUCACCAGAGACACAAGUGCUCCAGUCACAGCAAUCACUGUUGAAUCAAUCAUUUAUACAACAGGAUCAAAGCAGUCUAACGCCACACGGUCAAACGGGCGAAUCGCUGCAAGAAUCGAUUGUGUCUGUGGAGUCAACGCAAUCUGAUGGCACUCUUAAUCAGACGACAACCAUCGAUGAUAGUGUAAUCUCAAGCAAACAUAAUUCGACCUACUCAUUAGCCGAAGGUGAACUACAUUCGCUUAAUACAAAUACAACAACAACCAGUCUUGGUGCAGAACUCGACGACUCACAAUUCUACAUACCCGAAUAUCCGCCGGUGAAAAGUAAGGAAGUUUAUGUGGAGUCGGGUGUACAUUACUUUGAAGAUGGCAACUUUUGGAUGGAAGUUCCUGGUCUGCUGGACUUUGAUGACGACGAACUCUCCUACCCGCCAAUACCAGUGAAGAAGAAUACAAAAGUUCGCUUUAGCUCGGGACCCAUACAAGUAUUUUCCACAUUCUCCGUCACUGACUAUGAUCGCCGCAAUGAAGAUGUUGAUCCCGUUGCCGCUUCAGCCGAAUAUGAGCUGGAGAAGCGUGUCGAGAAGAUGCAUGUCUUCCCGGUGGAAUUGAUGAAAGGACCUGAAGGUUUAGGUUUGAGCAUAAUUGGCAUGGGCGUUGGCGCCGAUGCUGGUCUAGAAAAAUUGGGUAUAUUUGUAAAGACGAUAACCGAUAACGGUGCAGCAGCACGAGACGGACGCAUUCAGGUCAAUGAUCAAAUCAUCGAAGUGGAUGGCAAAAGUUUAGUGGGCGUUACACAAGCUUACGCAGCAUCGGUGUUGCGCAACACAUCCGGUUUGGUGAAAUUUCAAAUUGGACGUGAACGUGAUCCGGAAAAUUCCGAAGUGGCACAACUUAUACGCUUGAGUCUGCAAGCGGAUCGCGAAAAGGAGGAAAGACUAAAAAGACAACAAGAGGAGUAUUUACGUCGCACGCUUGACUAUUCAGAGGACUCCACACAACCCGUCUCAGCCAAUUCUAGUGUUUGCGAGGGACCCUCAAGUCCCGUACAAGUCGAACAUCCAAUGGAGGUCGAGGCUACACACUCACAGGAGGUAGAGUCUCUGAAGAGACUGCUACAGGAGAGCGAAUUGAGUUGCCUGUUGAAAGACGACAUUAUUGAUACGCUUAAGCGUAAGCUCGUCAAGUUGGAGACAACCGGCAAUGAGAACGAGCUGCUCAGCGAACGUCUGCGUCAAAGUGAACGCGAGCUGACCAACAUCAAGAAAGAGGCUUCAAAUCUACAAAAUAUGCUACAACAGUCACAGGCGCAGUACAUGGCGCUCGAUAAGAAAUACAACAAAGCCAAACGUUUGGUACGUGAGUACCAACAACGCGAAGUGGAUAUGUGUCAUCGUGAGGAAUUCUACCAGCAACUGUUGCAGGAGAAGGACACCGAAUACAAUGCACUUGUGAAGAAACUAAAAGAUCGUGUCAUCAAUUUGGAACAUGAAUUGCAGGAGACACAGCGUAAGGCCGGCUUUCCUGUCGGUUUGCCGUACGAUAGCGCUACGCUCAAGCUGACGCCACAAAUGAUGCGUAAAACACCGCCAAAACCCUUGUUCCAGAAACUCGAAACGGAAUUGUCCGAUACGGAGAUUUCUGAUCUCUCACCCGAUGGCGAGGGUGUCAAAACGGCAACUGUGGAGCGCAAAGUGCCAAUCAAAGAUGAGUUGGAUGCUGCAGUGCCGCAGCAUGAACUUUUGGAUAAUACCGUUACAAAGACGAAAAUCGAUUUAGCAUCACGUGGUGGUUUAGCUAAUCGCCAGCUGCCUUCAACAGCAAACAACGGCAACAACAACUGCAAUACAACCAGCACUGCAACUACUAAUGCCAACUCAGUUAGCGCAACCACAAACGCCGCUGCCGUCACCACCAACAACAGCUGCAGCAGCAGCAGCAACAAUAGCCAAAUCUAUAGCACUCCCACAACCGUUAACACCACUACUAACACCACCAGCCACAGCCACAACAGCAGCAGUAGCAAUAGCAACAGUAGCAAUAAUAACGGCAUCAAGAGCAUCAGCUUUGGCAAGCGCACACUGAGCAACAGCAGCUCGGAUUGUGCGCUCGAAGACAGUGAGGACGACGGCACCGCCACCACUGUGGCGCAUGUGCACGCCAGCGCCGCCUCCGAUAGCAAUGGACUGUCGAAUGGCAGCAAUGGUGGCAGUAGCGUUAUCCACCGCAGUUACUUACAGCAACAGCAGCAACAACAACAUACUACCAACGGUCAUCACAGCAGUGUCGGUGCAGGCACAACCACUGCCAUACUGCUGAAUUCGACCGCCACAGCGGGUAGUGGUGUUGCGACUGCGCGCGAACAGCAAAUCAAUCAGUUGUAUGCACAAGUGCAUAAGGAUCAUAAUAAGAGCGCUGUAGCGGCAGCGGCAGCAGCUGCUGGUCUUGGUCAUUCGACCAUACCGAAUAUAUUUAAGAACGCUAUUGGUUCGCCGCCCGACGUAAGCGUAGGCGUUGGCGUCGGUGUCGGCGGCAUCGUUGGCGGUGUUGGCGAUUUCCAUCGCAGCAAUAUGACAACGUUCGGUACUAGCAGUCGUGAUCUCAAUAGUUCAUACGAUUCCAUUUUAGGCUCAAACGAUAAACUCUCCGAGAAUGAGCAAUCAUCGGAGAAUUGGAUGUAUCCGAGUCGGCGACGUGUCGGACCGACUGGUGCCAUUAUAAGUGGCAAAAUGCCACCAUCAUCAUUUACGGAGCAACUGAAUCAGGCGCUCUCCGAGCGUGAGAGACGACUUGGCGAUGGCUCCUCGCGUCAUUCCAGUGAUGAUUACACCGAAAUCAAUAAAAGCCAAAGCACAGCGGCCAUUAACUGUAAGACACUAAUCAAUGAAAUACGACAAGCGGUGAAUGAGGCGCAGCCCAAAGAUAUUUCUAUACGCUACCCAUGUGUAUAGAAGUUAUAUAAAGUAACCGGUUACCUGUGAGAGAGAUGGCGAGCUGCAUAACACAUCAAUAGCACAAACAAUGUUCAGCGAUCUCUUAAAUAUGCCGAUUUUACGCUCAGCUCAUAAAGCAGUUAUAACAGAACAAACAUGCCGCUAUUUAUAAAUAUCUAUCUAUACAUGUAUGUAUGUAUGUGAAGUAGGUGUAUGAGGUUACUUAUCUGCUCUCUUAAACUCAAUAAACACCGACGGGAAAUGUGGUAAGAGCGUAUUAGCCAAAUGUGCGACGAAAGAAAAGGUCGAAAAAGUAAAAGUCAACAACAAGAGUAAAGAAUUUCUACAUACCAAUGUGUACCUAUUUACUUUCUUCGCCUGUGUCUAAUCUCACCUGCCGAUAUAGCGAGUAAUUUAACAAGAAAAGUGACGUUGCAGCUUGCCUCACUGCACUCUCAUCUGUGUAAUCUUCUAUUCACCACUCUCAUAGGUAAUGAAAUGCUGCGUGUAGGGUGUGCUGGCAGCGCGGCGGCGAUCGGCGCAACAAGCAUAAAUUGCGCCGAUGUCCAGUGCCGACGAGCAGUUACCAACAAGCAGCAAGCCGGUGAGCAACAAACAGACUUAUAAGCGCGCAUCGUUCAAGUAAUCAGUGAAGAUCUAAAAUACUUUGGAGCAAAAAAUAAAAUAUAAACGUGUAAUCAUAGAAACAGAGACAGUUGAAGAAGUUGUUAAAAAAGAAAACAGCAAAAAUAA